GAACGCGUGGCUGCGUUCGACCUACACGGUCCGCUCGAUGAACCGCCGUCGCCGCGUUAUCGUCAGUUUCGACGCACACGACUGGCUGCACGGACGUAUUCCGUGUCGGGCGAGAGCUGUGCAAUCUCUUUCAAUCGCGAAAGCAAAUUUCGGAAUCGUAAAUGAUCGUUCCUUCGAGUAUAGUCUAGAGUAGAAAGAAUGGAACAGCUUGGGAGCGGAAGGAACGGAUUAUUCUCAAAAGCCGAACGAAUGACACUAGCGGGGCAGGGUGCAGACGACGAUGAAACGAUCGAUCGGUGCAGGUUGUGUCUUGGCAGGCAAGCUUAUUCGAAAUCCAUAUUCGCUGGAGGAGCUGCGUCCGAGAAGAUACGUUCGCGUAUUUUAGACUGUUGUCCCAUCACGCUAUUCGAGGACGAGCGACUACCGAGCUCGAUUUGUCAACGAUGCGAGAGCAAGUUGGACGUCACCUAUGAAUUUCGGCAACUAUGCAGAGACUCGGAGCGCGUUCUCCGCGCGCGCUACGAAUCCAAUUACCGUGCUCGAAGCGGUACGCGGUACGCAAACUCGACGAGUUUUGGGAACGCCGGUACGCGAACGGACGAAAAUGGAGCUGACGGAUGCGACGAAAGCGGCAGUCGCGCGGAAGGGAAAUCACGAAACGAAACGGAAGGGGAGUCGGGGGGCGAAUCGGAAGAGGAAUGCGAAAGAUCGAGAAGAGGAUCGAGAAACGCGGAGCAUGGACACCGAAUGCAAGGACGCGAGCAUCAGGGGGAUGACGAGAAUGAUGCCAUAAUCGGUUCCGAGAUGCGAUCGGUGAAGAACGUCGCGACAAACGAUGCAGCGGGGAAAGGAAAAGGAAAAGGAAAAGGAAAAGGAAAAGGAAAAGGAAAACCGUACGUUUGCGAGCUGUGUAAGAAAACGUUCGCUUCGAAAUCCGGGUUAAGGUUCCAUUUCAAGUCGCACAACGGUACUAAGCCGCAUUCGUGUCGACAUUGCGGCAAACGGUUUGCCAUUCCGAGUUACCUGAAGAGACACGAGCGAACUCACGCGGGAAACAAAGUGUUCGUUUGUCGGAUCUGUAGCGCCGCGUUCGCCUCUUCGAACGGUCUGAAAUACCACUCGAGAUCGCACACCGGGGAGAGGAAUUAUCGGUGCGAGACGUGCGGCAAGUCCUUCCGCCGAUACAAAUACCUGAAGGAACACGUCUUCACUCACACGGGAGAGAAACCGUUUGUUUGCAAACGCUGCGGCACCGCUGCUUACGCCAAUUCCGGUAGCCUAUUUGUCCACGAAAAGAGAUGCAACGUGCAAAAUGCCGAUUAAAGAUGGGUAGAAGAUUGCAACACAGAACUGAAAAAGAAACGUUCGCUUUAUUUGAUCACGGUUCGGGGUAGAGUCGAAUUGAAAUUCGAGUUGGCGAGUGAGUGUGACCGGCGAACGAGAAACGUUGAGCGCGGUUGAGCACGGUUGAGCACGGUUGAGCACGGUUGAGCACGGUUCAGCGCGAGCAAGUCUGUGCCGGUCGAUCGCACCUACGAUGCGAUGUAGCACGAUCGAUGGGUAGUCUUUGGUAUAGGGAAAAUGGUCGUGGAAUGGUGGUUGCGAAGCUACCGCGAUCGGCGACAGUCCGAAUUCCUGCGCACAGACAUUUCCGAGGUGGCGAUCGACAUCCACUGGUCGGUGUCGGAGCGGAACCAAGUCAAGCCCAACGAGUAUUUGCCGUUGAGAUUCGCGUGUUGGCAACGAUUAAACCACCAUCCUCCGUGGUAGUUUGCGGCGCAGUGUGCCGCGCUGUCGUCCAUGUCGCGAUCCUUGGCGCUGAACGGCAUUCCGUUUUGGUAGGACAACGCGUCGGUCGCGUUGCCGGUGUAACCGUCGAUCAGCAAUCUGUAACCCGUCUCUCCGGAAGUAAUCGCGAACAGCUCGUAUUCGGCUCGCCAACGUUCACCGUAAAUGUCCAGCAUGUCGACGCGAAGCCGCGUGCAAUUGUCUCGAGUGAACUCGUGCAGGAUCUGGUUGCCGAUCCAGUACUCGCCGACCGGCGAGCCGAAACCCACAGAGUAAUCGUUCCAGCUGCGAUUGAAAUCGAGCGUGCCGUCGACGCGGCGUCCAACGACGAGCCAACCGCCGCGACAAUAAACCAUAAUGGGUUUGCGGCCCCGACCCGCGUCUACGAGCCGGAGUCCGUCCUUGGCCGGGCGAUCGGCCGACUGUUCUUGACAACUGGUUGGCAGUUUGUCGACAAUCAGAUGAUAACGGUCUUCGAACUGCUCGAGUUUCGGUUCUAGCUUAAUUUCGAGUUCGGAACCGUUCACCAGAGGCGGUGAGUCGGACUUUGAUUCGGACUGCGAGGCGGAAGCGGCCGCACCCCGAGUGAAUUCGUUGAAACAGCUACGAUUCAAUCGGUCCACGGCUUCCCGCUGACGAUCGCUCUUCUCCUGAAGUUUCGACGCGCUGACGCUCAGCGCCUGCACGGCGCGUCGCAAGUUGCUCAAUUCCUCCCGGGUCAACGAGAGCUCGGCCGCUUUUCGCGCAGCGUUCACGGCUAGCCGAGCCAAUUCUUCUUUGAUCGCGGAGUUGUUGGUCUCGACGAUCUCUUCGAGGGUUCGCAACGAGCCGGUCAGUCGCGAGCCGACAGACUCACCGAUGCGUUUAAUCGAGAUCGCGUUCUCGUUCGUGUUCUCGUUCGCGUCCGCGAUUCGUCGCGACAAAUCGACUUGAUUCUUCUCCAAGCUUUUCAUCCGUUUGCUCAGAUUGAUCGUGAACCAUUCGCCCUUCUCGUACGCGACGCGCCUCGCGUCCAGCAACGUGACUCGCCUCUGCGUCAGAAGAGAGACUUUGCGCUCCAAGUUUUUCAACCGGUCCUCGCUUCGUCUGGAAUAACCGUGCCGUCUGGAGACUCGGCGGCGUACCGCGACCGCGUCCGUCGAGUCCUCCGGAAUCUUGUUCCGCUGGUCCUUGGUCCAACUGUACGACCACCGGGUCCCUGCCCCAUGCGAAUCUUUUCCUUUGCCGGUGUCCAUCGACGACGACGUCGACGACGACUCGCAUCCCAUAGAUUUCACCUCGAUUUGAACCGCGCUCAGCUGCAAUGAAAAUAUUCAGUUUUCACUCGCUCUCCGGUUCUCUUCGAUCGAAGCUGAACGUUCGUUCUUUCCGUUUUCGUCGGCUACUGGAAAACACGGACAGCUUCGAAAAGAAAAGAACGAACAGCAGCUGGCUGCACGCGUUUCGUUUGCAGCUGUCGCGCACAGACGCACAGGCGCACAGACGUUUGCGUUCGACCGUUGAUCGAAUCGCUGGACGAAUCGUCCGUAUCGUUGCGAAGCGCGUGUCUUUGUUCGAUUUUGACUGGACAGGAUCGAGAAAAAAUGUCCAAUUUCAGACGCGAAGUAACAGAGGGGAUGGAAGGUGUGGAGCGCAACGCGUGGUUGAGCAAACGUACCGUCCGUAGAAAUUAAUACCGGCACCCGAGCGAAACACGGAGGGGACGUUACAUGGACAGCUGCGCACCGGCAAAGGUAGGGAUGCGUGAAAACCUUUCGGUUCGGACGACUGCCAGCUGUAUAUUUCUUAUCGUCCCCGACGAUAAGCUUGCCAUGGCACGGGGAAAUCUUGGAAUCGUCGUUAAAACGGCGCUAAUUGUUGCAUCGAAGCGUCUAUAACUCGAUGUUUUUAUUUCAUCUGAAAG